CCUUAUACAAAUAAAUUGAUUCUCACUUUGUUCUAUGUUUUAAAAUUUCCAAUACAUAUAAUAAAAAAUGGAUCUCGUUUCGACCUCAACUUCCCCAUUUUCCUGUAGAAUAUGCAAUCAGAAAGCGCACGGGAAUCAUUUUGGAGUGCUCACUUGCCGAGCGUGUGCUUCAUUUUUCAGAAGAGCUGCAUUCUCAAAGUGGUCUCAAUUGAAAUGCCAGAAAGGAGGAUGUUCCAGAAAUUUUUGCAAACGGUGCCGUUUGAAAAAGUGUCGAGAGAUGGGAAUGGACACGACAAAGUUCCAGUACAAUCGAGAUAGUUUCCGCGCAACUGGUCAAUUCCAACUCCCUCCGCCGCGGUCUCUUGCAUCAUUUGUGGGACGUCCUGAAUUAUUUCUGUUUUGUGAUACGGAAGCUCCAAAUGCGAAAAUGCUCAUUGACGUACGCUAUCUUUUGGAAGAAGCCGGAAGAAUCAUAAAUCAAGGAUAUGAAACACCUGCUUCCGGGAAGAAUCAACUUGAAAAUCUAACAGAAGGAUUUAAGUACAUCAAGGUUGAUAUGAAUAAUAUAAGCUCGAGUAAAUAUGCUAGCAAGGACGCAAUUAUCAGCAUGUGGGAAUAUUAUUUUUUCACAGUGACCAGGUGGCUGAUGUAUUUUGAAGGAUUCCAAAAAUUAAACUCACAUACUCAGAUAACACUAAUUCAAUCUGUAUGGAAUGUUUGGAGCCGACUUCAUAAAUAUGUUGCAACUGUCGAUUAUCAUAAGGCAAAUCCUGAUACCUUACCAACAAACGUUGUGAUUCAUAAUACUCUAGUGGACAUUGAAAAUGUAGAAUUUGAUUCCACGUGGCUGAGUGAUUAUCCUGUGGAACAUGUGAGGAGAUACCUAUCUGUGCAACAUUGCCGAGAGUUUGAUAUUCUUGGAACUCUACGAAAACUUAACCCAUCUGAACUGGAAAUAACCUAUUUGUUUGCUCAAAUAUGCUUUGAACACGCUGGAAAACGAAACCAAGGAGAUAUAAUGAAAGUCACCGAGCAAUUUCUAGACAGUUUAGCAAACGACUUGCAUGACUACUAUGUGAAUGAAAUGAACAACUCGAGAUAUUUUCUUCGCUUGACGCAGCUGCUGAAAAUCAACCAAGCUAUUCAGUUUUCAGAUAUUUCUCCGCAAAAACAAAUUCGCAACAAUAUUAUUAAAAAAGAGGCUGAAAAAUUGGAAAAACUACAAAAGUCACAGUUCUCGAUAAAGCGCCUUUCGAUAUCAAAUUAAUUUCAUUGAUGAGAAAGUUGUAGCCAUAUACCUGACCAUUGAUUAAAUUUGUCACUACUUUUUGUUUUUCUCAUUCUUG